AUGAUUUCUCUCUUUAUCAUCCCUACCUAACCUAACCUAACCUAACCUAACAUUCUUCGUCACCAUUAGAGUUGGAUCUGUUUUUUCUCCAUCGUUUCUUCUAUUCAAAAUUGCCAAGACAAAUCUGGUGUACAACUACAGGGGAGAUCAUUUUCCUCUGAUUUUUGUUCGACAAUGAGUUCUGGUGCAGGAGGAUCGGCUGAGCCUUCCGGUGUAAAGAAAUCAUCCAAGCGUCCAAAAUAUUCAAGAUUUACUCAGCAGGAGCUUCCGGCAUGCAAGCCAAUUCUUACUCCAAGCUGGGUGAUCUUGACAUUUCUUGUUGCUGGGGUUGUAUUCAUUCCCCUAGGAGUGAUCUGCCUAUUUGCUUCUCAGGGAGUCGUUGAGAUUGUUGAUCGGUAUGACACAGACUGUGUUCCAGAAUCUUCUAGGGCCAACAAGGUCGCUUACAUACAGGGUCAAGGAGAUAAAAUGUGUAACAGAACAAUAACGGUGACAAAAACUAUGAAGCAUCCUGUCUAUGUAUACUACCAACUUGAGAAUUACUACCAAAACCAUAGACGGUAUGUGAAAAGCCGAAACGAUGCACAACUAAGAAGUCCAAAAGAAGAGCGUGAUGUGCAGACUUGUGCACCUGAGGAUAACGUGGAUGGACAACCAAUUGUUCCAUGUGGUCUUGUUGCUUGGAGUUUGUUCAAUGAUACUUACCAAUUCUCAAGAAACAGCCAACAACUUCCUGUGAACAAGAAAGAUAUCUCAUGGAAGAGUGACAGAGACAGUAAGUUUGGGAAAAAUGUCUUCCCUAAAAACUUUCAGACAGGAGCACCUAUAGGUGGUGGAACUCUUGAUCCCAAGAAACCGUUGAGUGAGCAAGAAGACCUGAUAGUCUGGAUGAGAACCGCGGCUUUGCCUAUAUUUAGGAAGUUGUAUGGGAAGAUCGAAACGGACCUGAACGCAGGGGACACCAUAAUGGUCUUGUUGGAGAACAACUACAACACUUACAGCUUCAAUGGUGAGAAGAAGCUCGUGCUAUCAACAACUAGCUGGCUAGGUGGACGGAAUGAUUUCCUCGGGGUUGCUUACCUGACUGUGGGAAGCAUCUGCUUGUUCCUAGCCGUUACAUUCUCUGUAUUGUAUCUAGUUAAGCCAAGGCAACUUGGAGAUCCUUCAUACCUUUCGUGGAACAGAAGUCCUGGAGGUUGACGAGAAGAGUUCUCAAGGCAAUCACGCUUGUUCCCUUCUUCAUUUAUAGGCUUAAUUUUUGGCUGGGAGCUAACAAAAUAAAUAACUUAGGGAUAAGAAGUAUAUAAUAAGUACCUAUAUUAUCAAAUGUUGUUGACAACAACAUUUUAUUUUGUUUUGCAUAUAACUUUGGUAAGAUCAUAGCCUAUUAUUAAUGGUGUUUAGCAAAAAUAAUGUGAAUCAAUUAGUUAAAAGUUAC